CGCGUGUUUAAAAAGUCGAAAACAUGAUGAUGCACUGUCAUUUUCGAGGCGUUUUGUCGAGAUUUCAAAGGAAAAUUGCUAAUGUUUUGACGAAGGUGAGUUUCUUGAGUUCAAGUUCUAAUGUUAUUCCAUCGAUGAAUGUACCAGAAGCAUUAUCGUGCAUUAAAAACAAGCUUGACGAUGGAAAUAAAACGCACAUUUUCAUUGGAACUGGGCAAUAUUACAGCCAUAAAACCAACGAGCGAGUCAUUGCCUUGUCUCUUGGCAAAUCAAAUUCACUGGAAACUCCCCUCGAAAUCCUCGACGCAGGAAUCCCAUCUGAAGAUCUUCAAAAGUUAGAGAAAGAGAUAGGAAUGCUGUCAAAUUGCUCUCUUGUGUCUGGUGAAGUUGAUAGUGUUUAUGAAGAACCCUGGUCUUUUGGUUUCUCAAACAAUCCUCAAUUUUCAAUAUUUUCAAAGUUUGGUUAUUGUCUGACAGUAACAAAACUCAAGGCUGGUCCAGCAUUUAGGGUAUACAAUGGGCCUCUAUGUGAAGAAAUCUACCUAAGGAACAUUCAAGAUAUCCAAGUCAGGCUUUCAGAACAGCCUUGGGAAGAAAGAAAAUUGGAAGUGAAACUUAAAGAUGGAGAAAUUCUUACAGUUGUGGAAGAUUUACGACCAAAUGGGUCUGUCGAUCUAGGGGAGCUUAUGGUUUCAACAGAGUGGAUGGUGAAGGCUGCAGGCCAUAUGUGUUUGUUUGCAAGAGUUGUUGGGAAUUGCAAAGAUGUAUUGCUCAAAUUACCUAACCCUUUAAGAGCAGAAAAUAAUCCCUGGAUUGAACUGAGGAACAAAACCUGGAUUGAAAGAGUAGAAGACAAAAAGGACAUCUAAUACUGUUUAAUACUUCUUUGAUAAAUCCAGAUACUUUAUUUAGUACUCUAUAAUUUUUUAGCAUUAUUGCCGAGUACUAGACUGGGAUGGCAUUAAAACAACAACAAUAAAAUGUAACAUAACUAGUUACAUGAUACCUGUGUUUUUAUGAAUUCUUGAGUUCGAGAAAGGAUACAUGGACAUUGUACAUAGCUGUCAUGUACUCUGUAUUCAUUCACACAUAUAUAUAUUCAUAUAUAGAGUUUGCUGAAGAAGGCCGAAGUGCCGAAACGUUCGAAUAAAAGUAGAUUUAAACGUAGUUACAAGUUGCGUGGCUUUUUCUUCAAUUUAUUCUAUUUAUAUUCAUAUAUAUAUAUAAUAUAAGCAAAGGUUUGUGAAACAGACAUAGUGUGUAGACAGAGUGUCUCCUUGGAUAGUAAAAAAAUAAUGGAAAGCUACAAAU